AUGUAUGAUACUCAGACAGUUAACACAAUUCAUGGAUGUGUGUUACUCAGACCGUUAACACAAUUCAUGGAUGUGUGUUACUCAGACCGUUAUCGCAAUUCAUGGAUGUAUAAUGCUGAGAGCGUUAAUUACAAUUCAUGGAUGUAUGAUUCUCAGACCGUUAACACAAUUCAUGGAUGUAUGAUUCUCAGACCGUUAACACAAUUCAUGGAUGUAUGUUACUCAGACCGUUAUCGUAAUUCAUGGAUGUAUAAUGCUGAGAGCGUUAAUCACAAUUCAUGGAUGUAUGAUACUCAGACCGUUAACACAAUUCAUGGAUGUGUGUUACUCAGACCGUUAUCGCAAUUCAUGGAUGUAUAA